UGUGAGCCCAGCGCAUCCAGCCAAGUUGACAAGAAAGAGCUUCGCCUCGACUCUACUUGACCAACAAACCCCAUGUAGUUUUCAUCCCCGGACUUUUUACGAAGUAGUGUCGACUUUUGUUAUCAAAACGGACCGAGCCAUUGGGUAACACACCAACUUUUCACAUUUGCCUACAUCUAACUGUCUUGGGUAGGUGACUAGUGCUAGAACUAGUACGAAGCUCUUUGCCGUCGGAUAUUAUCGAUCGGUACUUCGCCGUCAUCAUCAACCACGGCACAGCAAGAUAUCCGGUAGCAAUCGAUUAUUUACGAAUAACACGGCAACAUUCAGUACCGUGCCGCACCCAAUCCAGCCCGACCUCGAGGUCGACGUUCAAUUUUACACACGCGAUACGUUGCUUGGCAUAGUCACCAUGGAUGCGGGGGAACCAUGAGAAACUGGGGGAUGUGGCCUCCAACCCCAAACCCCAGGGCCUUCAUCUCGUCUUCGAUUGGACGACGCAGAGGAGGAUACCUACCACCAUCCCCUGCUGAUGCCAUUAUUUCUCUUUUUUUUCUUUGACCCGACCCGAAGAUCAGGUCUAGCCUUUCCCUUGUUUGGUAGGCAAUAUGCGAGUUUCGUUGCACUGCAAGGUGAUGGUUGGCGCAUAUAAGGAGAAGGAGGUCGCCGUCGCCGAUCACUUUGUUCUUCCUGCAUUCCCAGCCUCUUAGCAGCUUACCUCUUGCGAUAGAGAAGCAGCAUAACAUGGCAUCAUCCGGUGACGACAAGAUGGCGACCCCAUUGGGCGACGAGAAGCAAAAGCAAGUGCAGGCAGACUCUAUGCCCGAGAACCACAACGAUGCGGGCCAAGCUACCGCUCUCGCCGAAGAUGUCGCUGCCGCCCAAUACUCUCCCUGGACUGCUUCGAUGUGGCGCCUCUAUGCUGUUUUGGCCUGCGCCUACCUCUGUGGAUGUCUGAACGGCUACGAUGGCUCACUCAUGGGUGGCCUGAACGGCAUGGACUCCUACCGGGACUAUUUUGGUACACAAGUUGACGGGAGCAGCACCGGUCUCACUUUUGCAAUGUACAACAUCGGUGGCAUCGCCGCUACUGCCUUCACUGGGCCUGUCAACGACUGGUUUGGCCGCCGCUGGGGCAUGUGGAUUGGCGCAGCUAUUAUCAUCAUUGGUACCGGUGUUCAGGCACCCGCCGAGACUGGACAAAGAUUCCUCGCAGGUCGUUUUGUCCUUGGAUUCGGCGUUUCCUUCUGCUGCGUGUCUGCCCCAUGCUACGUCAGCGAGAUCGCGCAUCCGGUAUGGAGAGGAACAUUGACUGGACUUUACAACUGCACUUGGUACAUUGGUGCCAUUCUCGCCAGCUGGGUCACCUACGCCGUCGCAGAGACCAUGAAAGGAAGUCUGGACGCCUGGAGAAUCCCGGUUUGGUGCCAGCUCGUCACCUCGGGCUUCGUCCUCAUCUUUGCCCUUUUCCUGCCCGAGUCGCCCCGCUGGCUCAUGGCCAACGAUAGGUACGAGGAGGCUCAACGGGUUCUGGCCAAGUACCAUGGCGAGGGAAAUCCCGAACACCCUCUCGUGCUUCUCCAGCUCAAAGAGAUGACGAUGCAGAUCACCCAGGAUGGUUCCGACAAGCGUUGGUGGGACUACAGCGCUCUAUUCAACACUCGGGCCCACCGUCGUCGCAUGAUUUGUGUUCUUGGCAUGGGAGUGUUCGGCCAGGCUUCUGGCAACUCCCUAUCCUCGUACUACAUGGCGGCCAUGCUGAAAACCGCUGGCAUCACGGAGCAGGGCCGCGUCCUUGCCUUCAACGCCACCAACCCAAUGGUCUCGUUCAUUGGUGCCGUCCUUGGUGCCCGUAUGACCGACGUCGUCGGACGUCGCCCGCUGCUGCUGUCCACAAUUGUGUUUGCCUCGGUGUGUUUUGCCAUCAUCACUGGCACUACCAAGCUGGCCACUGAGGACCCAUCCAACACGGCAGCUGGCAACGCCACCGUAGCCUUCAUCUUCAUCUUUGGCGUCGUCUUCUCCUUUGGUUGGACGCCCCUGCAAAGCAUGUACAUCGCCGAGACUCUUCCGACCGAGACCCGUGCCAAGGGUACCGCGAUUGGCAGCCUUGCUUCGGCCUGUGCAUCGACAGUUCUUCAGUACUCUGCAGGACCUGCUUUCGAGAGCAUCAGCUACUACUACUACAUUGUGUUUGUCUUUUGGGACCUGUUCGAGGGUGUCAUUAUAUACUUCUUCUGGCCCGAGACCAAGGACCGCACCCUCGAGGAGCUCGAGGAGGUCUUCCAGGCUCCCAACCCUGUCAAGAAGAGUUUGGAGAAGCGAGACACUCACACAGUUCUCAACACACUCAAUGCCAACAACGACAAGAUGUUGUCCGUCUAAGCGUUCCACUGUCUAGGUUCCUAAACCGCUCUAGGGUGGGUCAAGAUAGUGGCGUUCUCCGCAGGAUGUUCAUGUCAGUCAGCAUUGACAAAUCCGGCCUAACGCUUCGGUGGUUUAGGUAGAUGCAAGGUAGUUUGAGCUUGUGGUUCUUGCUGCUUUCGAGCUCAGUCAUUUACCACAAAACUCAUUGAUACAUAUUCUUGGAAGCUUGACUAGGUAGAUAAUUCAUUUAAUUCAGCUUACCAUGAUCAAGGCUUCAAGAUGACAAUCAACUCGC